AUGGGUCGCCCAAAGGGUAAGCGCAAGCUGCCAAGGAACGCCGACGGCACGAUUCGGAAGGCCCCUUCGCCCCCUGCGGACCCUGCUGUAGGCAACGACUCUCCUCCCUCUUCCGACCAUGAAGGCGCCAAUAUUUCUCCCAUGCACACCAACGACCACGACGACGACUGGCGCGAUGAGGAUGCGGGUGGCGAGCCAGGUCGCGGGCAGGCGAAACUGCCGUUCGGUUCUGCGGUUCGCUCUGCAGCGAGCGCUGCGGUGUCUGCAGCAGCUCGCACAGCAAUGGCGGUGGCGCCCGAAGUCGCGCCGCCUGCGCGAAAAAACGCGGUGCAACCUCUCCACCGGUCGACGCAGCAUCGCCACAGGCGAGCGCGGUGGAGCAAGGAGGACGCCGGGAUGGCGGGGAGCUUGGCAGCAUGGCUGAAGCCCCCAGCUCAGCAGCAGGAAGGGCAGCAUGGUUCGCCUCAAAUUAUGGAGACUGAAGGUGCGGUGGAGAUGGAUGUUGAGGUGGGAGAUGUUGGUGCGGACAGCAGUGAUCAUGAUGCCGAGAAGAUCUGCAGCCCGCAAGAAGAACAUGACCGCACCAGCCGUGGCGACAGCAGCGAGAGCGAGACCGACAUGCUGGUAUGUUCGGGUGUUGGUGUUCCGCUGGAAGAUUGGUUUGGUGAGGAUGACCAGGCUAGAGCUGCGAAGCUUCUUAAUUCCAGCGGCGAGGACAGUUUUCUCGACGCACUAGACGCAAGCCGCGACCGCUCUCGCGGCCCCGGCGAACUUGACGGAGAGAGCGGCGACAAGGCUGAUGAUGAUGUUCAGCCUCAGGACACCGGCGAAGCAGAAGCUGUGGGAGACACCGGCGAAACAGCAGCUGUGGGAGGAGCCGGGCACGCAGCCUCUAGCGGAACAAGUGGCGAGACCGUCCGAGAAAGUUCGAGGACGAACCUUUUGGACGGGCUGUACGCCGACCCCGCCCGCGCACGAGACGAGACAUGCGGCCGAUGCAGUGGGCCUGGGCGAGGAACACGGGUGGCGUCGGGGGAUGGAGCCAAGGGGAGGUUUGCGGGGUUGAACAAAAAACGAUUGAAGCACAGAAGGCGCGAGGAGAGGAAGAAGACACCGGAACAACGAGCGCGAGAGCGAGAAGCGCGAGAGCGAGCGCGAGAGCGAACGCGAGAGCGAGCACUCAAAGCGCAGAGAAGGCGGGAGAACACGCCGCGAGAGAAGGAGCUCUUGGACAUCUACCAGAAAGUGGUGGACGCUAUCGACAAGGCGGAGCAGUCCAACAGCUACAGCGGUAUUGUGGAGGACCCGACGGAAAUGCUGACGGAAUCUCGUCUCCCGUCCAUCAUGUGUACCGCCUUGGCGAUUCGGGCGUACGCUGUCCUCGAGGAAGUGGAAACGCCCAAGAAGCGCCGUGUGCUUGCUGCUUGCACUGCUGCAUUUCUGCUCUUUGAGAUCGCCCUUGCCCUCUGGAUUGAGGAAGGUGUCAACAAGAUGCGGCACAGCCGCUACGUCGGAGAUGUGGUGAAAACCACAGCGCAGACGGUGCGCAAGUGGGUAAAGGAGUUCUGCCAAGACGGAAAAUUUCUCAUCAGAAAACGACUUUACGAGAUAAGCCAGGCGGACUCCUUCAUCGACCAUGAGGACAUCGCCGAGCGUUGCCGGGAGGAAAUCGACCGGCGGCUUUACCGCCGGAAGAAAACGGAUCCGCGGUUUCGUGUCUCGGACUUUCAGAGGUGGGUGAACACUGUUCUUCUGAAAGAAGUGUUUUCCGGCGGAGGAGGCAUCUCUCGGACAACGGCGCACAGCUGGAUCUGCAGACUCGGCUUCAGGUGGAAGAAGAGCGGGAAGUGCGUCUACGUCGAUGGCCACAACCGCCCGGAUGUCGUCGAGGCCCGGCGGGAGUACGUGGCGAAGAUGCUCAUCCUGCGAAAGAUGAUGUCCAUGUGA